UCUCAUCACUAGUAAAUAUUGCUUUGAAUUAUUCGAUUCAUCUUAUACUACACCUCACUUCACUUUUCAACGCGAUUGAAUUCCGAAACCCCUUUUCAUUUUCUUCAAUCUUCAGUUUAUGCUCUAACAUUUUUGUGUUGAGGAAUCCAAUAACCGUGCAAUCGUAUGCGAAUUUCCAAAGGGGGUCUUUUUGGUACCUCCUUGUGAAGUUUCAUUCGAAUUGGUUAAUUCUAGUGUCGGGAAUUGUGUUAAGAUGGGUGUGGAGCAAUCUGAUUCCUUACCGCUGAUGGCGCCGGCUCCAAUCGCCGCCCCCUCUGAGAUUGACCUUGAGGCCGGCCCUGAUGAGCAAAUUCAGUGCCGGAUUUGCCUUGAAACUGACGGUAGGGAUUUUAUUGCUCCUUGCAAGUGCAAAGGCACAUCAAAGUACGUUCACAGGGAAUGCCUGGAUCAUUGGCGUGCCGUAAAGGAAGGGUUUGCCUUUGCUCAUUGCACGACUUGCAAGGCUCCGUAUUAUAUAAGGGUACAUGGUGUUGCUGACAGAAAAUGGCGGACAAUGAAGUUUCGAUUUUUUGUCACUAGAGAUAUUUUGUUUAUCUUUUUCUCCGUGCAAUUGGUUAUUGCUCUGUUGGCAUAUUCGAUGUAUCUUAUAGAUCGUUAUCAGAAAUUUUGGCUUCGUCACAUCUGGGGCUUCGACAGUGAACUUAGUUUCUACUACAUAUGUGGGGCAUUAUUGUUUUUCGCUUUACUGGGCUUAUCUGGUUGCUUUAUAACUUGUUACGACAGAAGAGUGCGCAAUGAUCUUGCUCAGCCUUGUAGGGAAUUGUGUGUUUCUUGUUGCCAUCCUGGUGUGUGUGCUGACUGCCAUUUGCCUGGUACUCUUUGCAUGUGGACUGAUUGUACCACAUGCUUCGAGAGCUGCGCUGGAGCGGCUACUGAAUGCGGUUGGCUGGGAGGGGCUGGCGAAGCCGGAUUGCCAUUACUGUUAGUAGUGGCUAUAAUAGUGUUAGGUUUAUUUACCAUCAUCGGCAUAUUCUACACUAUUCUUGUCGCCACAAUGGUUGGGCAAAGGAUUUGGCAGCGGCACUACCACAUACUCGCCAAACGAAUGCUAACGAAGGUGAGUCUUGUUCAUCGAGCCUCCCUCGUUGUUUCCUACAUCUCCAAGUUUUUGUGUUGUGAACGCGCUUACAUUGCUUCCAUUAGGAAUACGUGGUUGAGGAUGUUGACGAUGAGAUGACCGGUGGAGAUUGGUCGCCCCCGUCUCUCCCCUCGGAGCACGUCCAUCAGCUGAAGGCGCUCGGGCUUCUAUAAACACCCUUAUGAUUUAAAUAACAUGUAGCGUACAUAGAGACGGGGCGUGGCUGCGCUGACUUUGGGGAUAUUUUCGGCAUCGGUGUAAGUCUUACACUUUCUUAUUACAAAGAAUGAAGCUGUUGAUGUUGCUUCGAUCUGUGUUCAUAUUCUGGGAUGAGAAGAAACUAAUUGUAUUAACUCAUAUAUUUUCCAUUUUUCUUACACCAAAGAAUUGGAUGACAUGAAUUACUUGUUUCAUCA